AGGAUAUGAACGGGCCACUUCUCCGUUCGCGUGGCAUAUUUGAAAAGGAGGUGAACGCGCGCGUGAGAGUGGUACCAUUGGAUAGAGAAUUGGGACAGAAGCCAAUAGUGAGUAGCGAAGGUGGAGCGAUAGGUAUUAAAUAGGUGUGCAACAGCAUCGACGAGUUGAGUUAUAAGAUAAAUCAGUUUCUUUUUAUGUAAUUAUUAAAAUUUUUGUUCAUAGUGCUCCAAAUUUAAUGGUGUUAUAUAGUUCUUUUUUGUGAAAACAAUAAUAAUUGUUUUGUGAACCACCAAAUAAAAAGUGACAGUUGAAUGUUUUUAACUGUGGGUCCUAGAAAUCAGUUCCUGUUAAGAUAGUGAUAUAAACUAUUGGAAAAUGGAGUUAACGUUAAUAAAAUUUUUCAACAUCUUUGGUGGAGGCAAACCACUUGAAAAUAACAUUAUGUCCACAAUAUUUCUGAUUUUUCUUAUAAUCAUUCCAUCUUUAGAAACAACACAUGCCGUAAAUUCUAGCACAAAAAGAAAGAAAGAUGUAACUCAAGAAAGUACAGAUCAGACUUCAGCUUCAUCUUUCUGGAACUCGCAAAUUAAAAGCGGAAACACAUUUGCAGAGAGUGAUCCAAAUUAUUUUUCUUCCGAGUCACAUGGUUUACUACAAACACACUCUACAAAUGGUGUUUUUCAAAGUGGAUUCGGUGGUAUCGAUAAUCUAGGAAGUAGAGGUGUUACUGUUAGACCACCUAGAACAAGGCCAUUAGAUUACAGUGAACGAGCUACUGCUGAGCUACGCAGAAAUCCUUCAUUGUCUGCUCCUGAUGAAUGUGCACGUGCGUGUAGAGAAGGAGAACCACAUAGAAUUUGCUACUAUCACUUUACUCUAGAGAUGUAUACCGUACUUGGGGCGGCGUGUCAAGUAUGCACACCUAAUGCAACAAAUACCGUAUGGAGCCAUUGUCAAUGUGUUCUUGCUGAUGGCGUUGAAAGAGGAAUCCUAACAGCAAACAGAAUGAUUCCUGGGCCAAGUAUACAAGUUUGUGAAGGCGAUAAAGUUGUUAUUGAUGUUGAGAACCAUAUAGAAGGAAUGGAAGUGACACUCCAUUGGCAUGGAAUCUUCCAAAGAGGAUCGCAGUAUUACGAUGGUGUACCUUUUGUUACACAAUGUCCAAUAAUGCAAGGAACAACAUUUAGGUAUCAGUGGACAGCUGGCAAUGCUGGAACACAUUUCUGGCAUGCGCAUACAGGUUUACAGAAAAUGGAUGGACUUUACGGAAGUGUUAUUGUCAGACAACCUCCAAGCAAAGAUCCAAAUAGCAAUCUUUAUGAUUAUGAUCUAACCACUCACGUUAUUCUUAUAAGCGAUUGGAUGCACGAGGAUGCUGCAGAAAGAUAUCCUGGAAGAUUAGCAGUUAAUGUCGGACAAGACCCCGAAACAGUUCUUAUUAAUGGAAAAGGUCAAUUUAGGGAUCCGAACACAGGUUUCAUGACAAAUACUCCUUUGGAAGUUUUCACAAUUACACCAGGACGACGUUAUCGUUUCCGACUUAUUAAUUCUUUUGGUUCAGUCUGUCCAGCACAAAUUACUUUCCAAGGUCACACACUUACAUUAAUAGCAACAGAUGGUGAACCUGUCCACCCUGUGGCAGUAAACACUAUUAUUUCCUUCUCUGGUGAACGGUACGAUUUCAUUGUUAGUGCUGACCAACCAGCUGGAGCUUACUGGAUUCAGCUUCGUGGACUUGGAGAGUGUGGAAUUAAAAGAGCACAACAGUUAGGAAUUUUAAGAUACGCAAGAGGUCCGUAUCAACCAUCAGGACAACCUCCAACCUACGAUUUAGGUCUACCUCAAGGCAUUGUUCUCAAUCCAUUGGAUGCUAUUUGUAACCAACCACGAGAAGAUGCGAUUUGCAUUAAUCAACUGAAAAAUGCACAUCAUAUUGAUAAAGGAAUUCUUCAAGCUCGACCAGAUGUUAAAAUAUUCUUGCCUUUCCGUUUUCUGUUUUACAGACCAGAAGAAGUCUUCCAACCUAAUACAUACAACCGAUACUUAGUUGCUCCAUCAGGCGAUCAUGUCAUAUCUCUUGUAGAUGAGAUUUCAUUUACUUUCCCACCAGCUCCACCAAUUUCUCAAAUUGACGAUAUUCCACCAGAACAGUUUUGUAAUGGAGACAAUAGACCAGCUGACUGUGGAGCUAACUGCAUGUGCACACAUAAAGUUGAUAUCCCAUACAAUGCAAUUGUUGAAGUUGUUCUUGUAGAUGAAGUUCAACAGCCAAAUUUGUCUCAUCCUUUCCAUUUGCAUGGUUAUGCUUUCAAUGUAAUUGGAAUGGGUCGUUCACCAGAUAGAAAUGUUAAGAAAAUCAAUUUGAAGCAUGCCCUUGAUCUUGACAGACGAGGUCUUCUACAUCGUGAAUUCAAUUUACCUCCGGCAAAGGACACUAUAGCAGUUCCAAAUAACGGAUACGUUGUGUUUAGAUUUAGAGCAGAUAAUCCAGGAUAUUGGCUUUUCCAUUGCCAUUUUCUCUUCCACAUCGUCAUUGGUAUGAAUUUAAUUCUGCAUGUUGGAACGCAUGCAGAUUUACCUCCAGUUCCACCAAACUUCCCAACUUGUGGUGAUCACUUACCUCCAAUCACACCACCACUUCCUAUUGAGUCUUCCUAUAACUGAUCUCAAUAAGUUCGCAAUAAACCAAUAAAUAUAAUAACGGUCGAAGAGAACUUAACAAUUACAACAUAUAUCGAUAAUGCCAUUCAUAACAUCACUUAAUUUAACUUCACUUAACUUCAAAAUUUUACAUAUUAUAGAAUUCGGAAAAAUUAUGUUUAGUUAAUGACUCCCACCUCAAUGAUUUAUAAAAUGCUUAUAUAGAAUAAGGUGCAACGUGCACAUGAAAUUUUUUUUUAAAUUUAUAUCUUUUUUAUUGAAAAUAGAUGCAUAAUGGCCUCUAGAAAUCUGUAGUUCAAUAAUAUUUAAAUAAUUGAUACACUAAAAAUUUGUAAACCGUUUACGGAACUAUUUUAUAUCAAUUCCUUAAACAAUUAGUUUUAAAUUGCCGUUAUUCUAAGUAGAAAAAUACUCUAAUAUAUGACUUAUCAAUUUAAAGUUAACUAGACAGACUAGACCUUUUUUUUAUUUUAUUUUCAGGUCCUUUUUUAUAAUUUUAAAUUACAAAAUAAUUUUGUGAUUCAAUGGUACCGAUGAUAAAGGUUAAAGUAGAAAAGAAUUAAUUUUUUAUCUAAAACAGUUGUCAAAGUAUUAUUUAUAUUCUAACCUUGUUGUCCAAUGCAUUUAAUUUAUUUUAAUAGACGAAUUUUUUAUUAAGUAGAAGUUCUCCAUCGGCAGUGUGACAUGGGAUAACUUUAUGGCAUCCUUAAGAUGUCUAUAUCGGUUCAAAAGAAGUCUAAAAGAAAUCUUAUUUCAUAGAGACAUCCUUGGGACAUAGGAUCUCUUUUGGGUUUCUUUCGAACGAACAUAAAGGUCAUAAAGACAUUCCAUGUCCCAGUGCUCACAGAGUUGUUAAUUAUACAAGCUAUUCGAGUAAUUUUCUUUAUUUUUUACCUCGAACUUUAAUUUCAAUCGUAAUAAAUAUUUAUUUUUUGCAUUUAUUUUGUCUAUAAAAGUAAUAAAUUCAGCAGAAUUUCAAUUAGCACAUAUGUUGUAUUCUGUUUAAAAAUUAUUUUAUAUUUUUUUAACUCUUCACUUGUGAAGAUUCUUUUACAAGCUCAUCAUCAAGUACAUACAUUUAUUGUCAUGAACUUGUUUUUCACCAGUUCCUGCAUUUAAUCGACAAGCGAUGAACAAAGAAAAUUGAAUCAGUCAAAGUAUAGAUGAAACCGUAAAUAAUCAUGUACGCAAAAUUUUUAGUAUAAGAUACUUCUACGUGUUCAUGUACAUCUACUUAUACCAGUAUUUAAAUGAUCAAAAUAAUUUUUUUUUUAAAUGAACAAAAAAUGUUUGUCGACAUUUAGGAUCAGCAUUUACAACUGCGCAGUUUUCAAUAUCAUAAUAUCAACUCUUUUCUAUUAUUUUUCUACUACUAGGUACCACACGUUACAAUUUGAGAAAUAAAUAAUUUUUAGUUAUCGAUUGUACUUUUUGUAAUAAUCAAUAUAAUUUAGUCUGUAAAUUACAGACAGAUACUCAUUUAAAACUUUUACCUAUGACAUAGAAUCUCAUUCAUCUGAUUCAUAUCAGACUAGAUUAUAAUGAAUUACACAAAUUACAAAAAUCUGCGGAUUAUUAUUAUUAUUUAACUGUCACUAAAAUGCAUAAUUAAUUAUUUUUUUACUAAAUAUGUUCUGAAUUGAUUAAUCACUGAACAUUUUAAUUUACAUUAAUAAUUUUUCUCUUCUGAAUAAGUUAAAAUUUUCAUACUUAAUGUUAUAUAUUAUUACAGGGUAGAUUCGAAAAUCCUUAAUACAAUGGUAGUCGGACCAGUGAUUUGCUCAUUUUCAAAAUAACAAUAAUUUAAUUUUAAAUUCAAAAUUUUCAUUUUGGAAAAAACUAUUUAAACCAAAGGUAUGAAAUUAAGAAAUCUUUUAAAGGAAAAACUGUUUUAAUUUAAAGUAUUUUUGUACCAUUUCUAAUUUCUAAGAAGAACAAAAAAAAAGAUUUGAAAAAACGAUUUGCUAAAAUUUUUUCAUUUUAUUUUACUUGCAAAAUAGUUAUAGUCCAGAGUUCACAUUCUGCAAUAAAAAUCUCAGAUGCUAGGAUCUAUGGGUUGAACUGGCUUUAUACACGUCGUCUGUUGUCUUAUUACAAAAUAAAGUAAAGGUACCGUCCCAUGAUGGCGUGAAAGCGUCGGCGUGAAGCGUAAACCAUGUGAGAGAGUGAGAACGUGAUAUCUGUUCAUCUCUUUCUAUCGCACGAUUUCUGCUUUACGCCGACGCUUUAACGCCGUCAUGGGACGGUACCUUAACAUUUUACCUCCCUAAUAAAAAAUUAUAAAAGAAAUAAUAUUUUUAAAAAUCGUCAAUUUUAACUCAUUCAGAUGUAGAGAAUUAUCAAUACGCAUAAUACGAAAAGUAAAACUUAUACAGUAAAUUUACUUUACACAUUGUACAUCGAAAUCAAGCUGUAAACUUAUACUCUAUGUCGAAUGUAUACUUACAGUAAUAUUACUGUUAAGUUAAUAAAAGCUUACUGUAAUAUAUACAAUUUUAAUUAAAACUACUUCAAAAUCGGACCAUAAAUAUUUAUAUUCAUUUCAUGAUCACUACAAUUUUUCAUAGAGAUUUAUAAGAGAUAAAAAAUGAAGAUAUUUUAUAGUAAUCUUUUAUUAAUUUUAUAAUGAGUAUUGAAAACUUAUUGAGAGAACUUAUUGUAUAAGACUACAGUGAACUUUAAAUGCAAGCUUAUAGUGAGGCCGAUGUUUAAAGCUCACUAUGAGGUUAUCAUGAAUUUUAUAGUGAAGUUCAUUAAUUCAUUUGCAAGUGUUUGUUAUAAGCAUUAGUAAAUUCUUAUGCUAUUUAAAAAAAGAUAUUUAAAAAACUCAUAAAAAUAUUAUUGGAUGAUCUAGCUUAACGUAGUAUUGGAUUAGCGUGCCUCUUGCACUUUGCUAACAUGAUGAAAAACAUAAAAAAAUAAGUAUUUCAAAUUAAUACCCCAACAUGCAUAGUAUAGAAGGUUUAUUGACAAAUUAAAAGUAUAUCUCCUGCUUUAAUUAAUUAUAUUUUGAGAAAUGGUUUGUUACUUGACGAGUUUGUUAUUAAUUAAGUAGAAAUAUUUUUUUAUUGUAAAUUAUAUAUUUUGUUCGCCUUGGAUCAAACUAUUUCUCAAAAAGGUUUAGAAAAUAAAUGUAUAGGUGGAAUUUAUUCGGAAAAUGGUUCAAAUUAUUAGGAUUUGAUUCAUUUUGUUUAUAUUUAUGUAAAUUCAAAAUAAUUAUAUAGAAUAUGAUUUAAAUAUUGAUGCUUAUACUAUAUACUUUGUAAGUAUUUAAUUAUUGCUUAUUAAAUCCAUUAACAAUAAUUGUGUUUAAAAAGUUAAUUAAUAUUUAUUAUAAUAAUAUAUUUUCUAAUUACCUUAAAGCCUAUAGAAAAAAAUAACUUUUAAAUAUUCAUAUGUUUGAGCUGUUAAUCUAUAAUUGAUUUAUACAUUUUUUUAUCUAUUUUUAUUAACUGCAUAAAAAUGGUUUUAAUAAAAUAUAAUUAAAUAAAAUGGAAAAAAUAUAUUAUCUCAAAUGAUUCAUUUAAUUGUCAUAUUGACCUAUGGUGCUAUAUUUUAUGAGUAAUUGUUAUAAGAACGAGAACAAAUACAGAAAAUUCAAGAAACAAUUAAACAUAGGGCAAAUACUAACGAAACUAACGUAAUAGUAAAAAUGUAUUAGAGGAGUGAUGUAAAUAAUUUUGUAUGUAGUAUAGUCAUUGCGUUGAAACUCAUAUUACGACCAUCACAUCUUAAGAUUGAAAAAUGAAAAAAACUGAGUCUAUAGUUAUAAAUAUGAACAGACAUUUUAUAUAUCAAAUUGAUUCAAAAUGGUUUGUUUUCUUAUAAAUUAAUUCGACGAAUGACAAAAGUUACUGU